UUAGCAAGAUGAAGAUUACAGCAAUAAUCCUAUUGGCAAAUCUUUGCUACUCAUCAAGUUACAACUUAGCCGAAGAGAAUAAUGAUCUAGUUAACGCGCAACUACAAGAUGCUGUUAAUAAGUAUCGACACUUAUCCACUGGAAACCGUGAAAUGGCUCAGUGGACAGAAGAACUUUACUAUAAUAUUCGUAAGGGAGAAAACUUUCUUCAACCGAAAAUGCAGGCACUGGUUAACUUUAAAGCAUAUGACAAGAAGCGUCAAAAGUUAGAAGAUACAAUUACAGAACGCAUCAGCAAGGCCAAAACCCUAAUUCUCAUGAACAAAGGAGGUAAAAGAUGUGUAAAGUUUUACCAGUUGCAACAGCACGCACUCGAAGGCGGUUACAAGCUGUCCAAUGCUAGAAAGCAAAGCAUUAUAGCCGAAAAUAAUUUAGAAUGUCCAAAGAAAUUAAGUGAGGACUAUGAUGACUAUGACUAUAAUUUCUUUAACUAUUAACUUUUGACCGGCUAUGACCACACCUGAUUUGCUCAAGAAUGGAGCACCCGUUACCCGCUUUUUUUUUGGGAU